AAGGCGGUGUUGCGCACAGUUGGCAUGUCCUUUAAAUACAUUUGCUCUAAAUCAUAGUUAAACCGCGAGAAAAACUGCAAAAUAAGCCGAUUGGCGACUUGUUUUAAAGCUCUAAUUGUGUUUUUAUACCAAAUGAACAGCUUGACUCUGAGCUAAGGUCAGGUAUUGUUUCCUCCCGACCGUUACCCAGGGGGACGUCCCUCCGUCGUAGAAACUAAUGCAAAUGAUGGGUGGGGCUUUGUGGUGAUGUCAACAAAGAGGUGGCGACAGGUGCACAGUUUACACAGAUCCUCCACGGUGUCACUCUAACCGCCGACAAGAUCUACUAUCUUCAAAGCCUUUCAGAAACAUUUUGGAAUUUCUUUCAACAGAGAAUCAGGCCUGACAAUGGCCAACUUUGGAGGACACGCCAUUCCUGGAUCUUUUUUCCUGCUCUAUGGCUUUUGGCUAACAGUCAAACACAUUCUGCAACACCACUGGAGGACCAACCAGCCCAAAGCCAGACGGGUCAUGCCGCCUUUAUUUCGAAAACUGGACUACAUGGAGGGAGGGUUCCUGAUCUUUGCUUCUUUUGUCGGUAUUAUGGUUGAACAGUUUGUGGUGGACGGGCCGCACGCCCGCCUUUACAACCCAGAGGGCAAAUCCUGGGUCAAGCUCAUGAACUGGCAGCACAGCACCAUGUAUCUGUUCUUUGGGAUCUCUGGAAUGGCGCUGGUCGCCAGUACUGCAUCCAAACAGGUGCCGGCCGGUCUGGACCGCCUCGCUCUGUCCUUGGCUCUGUUUGUAGAAGGGUUCCUGUUCCUCUACCACUUGCACAAUCGGCCCCUACUGGACGCUCACAUCCACUCCCUGCUGCUCUUCGCUGUGUUCAGCGCGUCGGCCAGCACCAUGCUGGAGGUGUUCAAAAGAGACGACAUUGUUCUGGAGCUGCUCAGGGCGGGCCUGUUCUUCCUGCAGGGCUCGUGGUUCUACCAGAUUGGAUUCGUUCUUUACCCGCCGAACGGCCCCAAAUGGGACCUCACCCUGCACGACAACGUCAUGUUCGUCACUAUGUGCUUCUGCUGGCAUUUAGCUGUGGCCCUGCUGUUGGUCGCCGGCAUCUCCUCUGCGGUUUGGUUCGCGGUGAAGCGGUUCUCGGGGAGGGGACAAGACAUGGAGAUGCGAAUCACAUCCUCCAAAUCGAGCUCCCAGAAAGCUUUGCUAGAAGAGUCGGAUGAAGAGUGAAUCCAUGGUUAUUGUUCUUGGAAGACCAAGUCUGCUGUUUGUACAACGUAUUUAGAUCUUUUGUGUGGUUAAUAUGGUCUCUUAAGAAUUUCAAAAACAAUAUGAACUCGAAUGCGCUUGUAUGGCUCAACUAUUUGAACUGGUAUCAAAUAAAAUACACGAAUAAGGGAACAAAACAUGUAAUAAAACAAAAUCAACAAG